GCGCGCGCCGCGUCACGUCACGCGAGACAGCACAGGAGCCGAGCGAGAGGAAAAAAACAUGAACAAGAACAAGAAGAGUUUCCUGUGAAUUAAACCUCGUGACAAACACUGGACAUGUCCAACCCGUCCACACCGGUACCGGGGACUCGCUCGGAACCGUAAAGAUGAGCUCGAAUCGCAGGUCACGCGCCUUUUCCCUGAAUUUACGGCUAUGAAUUUCUCCGAGCAUGGGGAAGUUUCAGAUGAGGCGAUGCCAGAGAAAGAACACAAGCAUGUCCAGGACAUUAAGGAGGAAGCAGAGGACUAUGCUGUUUGUGAGCUACCUGAAGGACGUGGAGGAGGAUCUCAUGCGACCUCUGAGGCUGGUAAGCGGACAUCUGCAGAGAUGGGUCCUGAAACAGACCUGUCCUCCAGCAGCAAGAGAGCCAGAGUCUCUGCAGAGAUGAGGAGGCACUUGAUCGAUGUGAGCAGCAGACAUGAGCCUCUUUGCCUCACCACAACCGGAGAGAACAGGGACUGCGUCCAGGAGAAGUCCAGGGCGUCCUACAGAAAGCCUCUCUUCAGCAUCUCCCACAGGAUCUCAGAGAAGAGGAAUACACCGAGUCUGGAGCAGCAAACCAGUCCUGAUGCUGGAAAUCCACUCAACUACAGCAGCGUCCUCUCGUCCAAGCUACAAAAUCCAGAGGAAAAAGACAAAUCGGAGACCCUCCCCACCACAGACAGUUUAGGCCAAGCUUCAACAACAAACUCCAGCCUUUAUCCACUGAUUGAGAAAAUGUUUUUUAUUCUCAAUACCCUCAAUUCGAGCAUGACACAACUUCACAGCAAAGUGGACUUGUUAACCCUCGAAGUCCUGCGCAUAAAAAGGCAGAUCAAACCCGCCGAGAUGGUGACGGCGUUCCAGCCUCCUCCUGAAUAUCUACUAACAAGUGACGAAUUGAAUCAGCUGAUGGAGCAGACAUCCGGUGCGGGGGAGCUCGGGUGUCGGCUGCUGGUGCAUCUCUUCCCAGAGCUGUUCAAAGUAAGGGAGUGCUCUCAUGAAUGCAUGGCGAGCAAGAGAAUGCUGGAGUCUCUGCAUCUGCAGCUGAUCCGUAACUACGUCGAAGUAUGCUACCCGUCAAUCAAGAACAACAGCGUCUGGCAGGAAGAAUGUCUCCUCCAGAUUAAUGACUUCUUUAAUCGCUUUUGGGCGCAGAGGGACAUGGAGAGCGCUCAGCAGCUCCGGAAGCAGACACUCGCAGGUGCUCUGAUCAAAGCUGAGCAGCCUCCAACCUACCAUUUCAUCAAUGAGCAGGGUCAGGAGGAACACGUCGCUCUAGAUAACCAGCAAAGCAGCCUUGCUGAGUCAGACCUUGCUUUCACUACUCAAGCCACAGAGGACAUCGAUGAGUUCUCGUCCCAUGAGGACUUAAUUUUUUUUCUCAUGCACCGUCUUUUCCCUGAGGUGUUUGAAGCGGGAAAAAUGCCUGAAGGCUCCAGUAGCUUCAGUAGAGUGGGGCAGCUCUUUCUAGACUCUGACAAGAUGGAAAUUAUAAGAAAGUAUAUGGAGGCAAAUUUCCCUGAUGUACCUGAGGACAGCUGGCUCCAGGUCUGCAUUCAGCAUAUGGAGGAUGCUCUCGAGGGUCCUCACAGUAAUGGUAAUGGGAGUGAACCUGACAAUAUCAACGAUGAGGGCUAUGAUGGAGUCAGCCUUUCAGAAGAUGUUUCUAUUAUUAAAGUUCCAGAGGCGGCUGAUUAUGAAAGGCCCAAUCGCAAAUCCAAAAAGUCACUGCUCUCCCCCGUGGAUUUUGACAAUCUGGAGAUUCCGGUACCCGACUUCACUGUCCCCCAGGGGUUCCUCUUGUCCCUGGAGCAGCUGAAGUUCAACUAUGAAUGUAGCUUGUCCAUUGGGAACUUUGCCUCUCGGCUGCUGGUGCUUAUGUUCCCUGAGCUCUUCACCCACGAGAACGUAAGGAAGCAGUACAACUGUAGUGGUUCUCUUGGGAAAAAGCAGCUCGACCCUGUUCGUGUAAACCUGAUUCGUCACUAUGUGCAGUUAGUCUACCCUCGGGCCAACAACGACAGAGUGUGGAUGUUAGAAUUUGUGGGGAAACUUGAUGAGAGGUGUAGGAGACGUGACACAGAGCAGAGGAGAUCCUACCUGCAGCAGCGCAAAGUGUAUGGGCAAGAGUCUGAGCAGGACUUCCUUUGCCAGCUGAGCCAGCUCAAUCCAGAUAUUAGAGAGGACUCAGAUAUCCCCUCUUUACCUCCUGAGAAAAGCAGCAAAGAUUUUUGCAAAAUUCCUCUGGAUGAACUGAAUGUAUCCAAACCUGACUUCCCCGUACCGUCAGCCUACCUGCUCUCAGACACCGAGGUACGGGAGAUCGUCCAGCAGAGUCUCUCUGUGGGGAACUUCGCUGCCCGGCUGCUCGUGCGCCUCUUCCCUGAACUCUUUACACAGGAGAACCUGCGGUUGCAGUACAACCAUUCAGGGGCCUGCAACAAGAAGCAGCUCGACCCUGUGCGCCUCAGAUUGAUCCGUCACUAUGUGGAAGCAGUGUAUCCUGUGGAUAAGAUGGAGGAGGUGUGGCACUAUGAAUGUGUGCCAAGCAUUGACGAACGCUGCCGGCGCCCUAAUCGCAAGAAGUGUGACAUUCUCAAGAAGGCCAAGAGGUCAAGCACUGUGUCCUAGUUACAGUACUCUCCAGUUAGGCAACACUUUUUGUCAUGAAAAAUAAUUGCACAUUAUAUAAGCUGAAACCGCAUUGUUGAACUUUUACAUAACUGUCCUAUGUAGGAUGAAGCCAAGCUGGUAUGAGUUUCUUCAGUACUAUUCUUUGUCAUAUUUUAUAUUUGGACUACAGCAAUAGAUGUUGUAGUGUAUGCAGUCUUAUUAAUGUUGGCUCAAGACUUAAAACUGCUUCUAUUUAUAAGCCAAAACUGUCAUAGCUUAUCUAACAUUCUUUGUUGAUAAAUGUUGUAGCCUUAACAAGAAUAACAAAUAUAGUAGCUGAUACCAUCACUCACACAUUUGCUCUAUGGAUAGCAAUGAUUCAGAACUAUGUGAUGAGACAGGUGACAAACUAAAGGAAAAACCUGAGUAAAUGAGUAUAUAUAUAUAUAUAUCUAUCUCCAGAGGGGCUGUAUGUGAGACCGUUAAUAUCGGGAUCAGAGGCUCCAAACAUUCCCCAGUUUCUCCUGCCAGAACCUGAGUAAAUACUCUGGAGGAUGCCUGAAUCAGCCGAAAAGAGAAAACAGCGAGAGAUCCUCUGCAGGAUUCACCGCUAAAGGGUGGGUGUGUUGAUGACAUUUCUAAAAUGAAAGAAAACAAUUAUCUCAGGGUGAAAAGGCGAUGCCACACACAUAGAAGACACUGACAAAGAUGUCCAGGGGCCUCAUUUAUAAUCAUUGUGCACGCACAAAACAGGCGUGACACUUGCGUACGUCACUUCUCACGCAAAACGUUGGGAUUUAUAAAAACAAACUUGAAUGUGCACACUUCCACGCUAACUCUGACCCAUGCGUACGAACUUUUUGGAGAUGGAAAAAUGACAAUGCAGAUGUGGGGUGGUGAAAUGAAGCAGAUUAUUGAUCCACUUCAUCAUUACCAUUAAAACCAACAGCUUUGGUUGUGCUCAUGCGACAAAACUGAUCCAUAAGAACCUUCCAUUGAAAAAUAUAUAAAACAACUUACAGUAAAUUACAUACAGAUACCAUUAAACAGCUUAGUCAUUAAUAGUUUUUAAUAAUAUAUUCAAAACUGUGCAUGUAUCAUCAAGGACAAGUGUGUGUGUAAAAUCGCAGCAGUGAACGUGACUGUUCCAUCUCAAAGAGUUUUUGUCCCAUGAUGAAGACUGAUCAGCUGAUAUAUAUUCCAAAGAUCUGUUAUCUUGGAUCUUUGUCCUGAACUGAAUCCAGUAUUACACAGAUCGACCGAUGGAACCGAUCCAUCCCAGUACAAAAAAAGUUUUUAAUUGAAUAGAUUGUGGACAUGACAACUGUCUCUACAUUUGAUAACAAAGAUUAAAACUCGGACAGGUUAUACAAGUUCCCUCACAAUCUGACAGUUUGGAACGCUGCAAUUGGAUCUUAUUUAAAAUUCAGGCUCCGUUCUAUCUUCUUCACUCUAACUCACUGUUUUAUCAGCAGCAGAAACAGUGUAUCAUUGUAUUUUCAUUAUUAAUUACAUCACUGCUGUCCAAUGAAAUCGCUCUCCACCUCACCACCAAACACCUCAAUGUCAGGGUCAGAAAGUUUUGCUUCCCCUUCUCAUCGCUUGAUGCCAUGACUCUGUCACGAUUCACUGUGAAAACCCAUUGGUCAGCAGGAUAAUUUAAUAUUCAUUAGUUGCUUUGCAUUGACCAUUUAUGGUUGAAAGUGGGCGUGUAGAGGGUGGACUGUGAUUUCUAAAGUGAACAUUGCGUUCAUUAGUGUACGCACGGUUUUAUAAAUCUGAAAAAAUCGGCUUUUGUGCACACGUACACUUUGAGUAUGAAUCCUACUCACUGUUUUACAAAUGAGGCCCCUGAGGGGAGAAUGAUGCAGGUGUCCAUGUGCUGUAAACAAAAUUGCAUCCUGCCUCUGCCUGUUUUGCCACACCUCACCUGAACACUGGAGAUGUCAUUGUUGUUGUGAAUCUCAAACACCAGACCCAAUCCUACGGACAUACACUGGAGUUCAAGUCUGAAAACCUCUAUUAUGGCCUUUACCGUUGUUAGAUCUCAGUACAUCUCCAAUAGAGGAAACCUACAGGACAUUUCUGACAGAUGUGACAUCUCUCUCUCUCCUCCAUCAUCAUCAAAAUACCAGUAUACCUUAGAAGAACCGUGUUUCAUCCCUCUAGUUGAGUUCAGACACUUGUGGAUUGAAUGCAAAACACCAGUGAAGCUGUUGACACAUGUUGGCCCAACUCUUAACUCACCUUGUAUCGUUAUUUCCUGUAAUUUGUCACCUGUCUGUAUUUCCGUUACAGUUACUGAUGUAGCAUUGUGCCACCACUGUUUUAAUAACAACGUGCUUAUGUUAAGCCUUCUUAUAGAAGUUUAUACUAUAAAGACAAUUUAACAUGACAAUGGAUCAUGAUAACCUUUCUAAUAAAAUCCUAGUUAUAAAUAUAA